UUUUGCCUCUGUAGUCACUGUUCAACACACUUUCUUAUAUAGCGCUAAUGUAACAUUUAAACGCAAUGAAUAAUAAUAAAUAUUUAUAAACAUGGGUGAUAAAAGCCGAAAAGAUUUUUAUAGAAAUAAGUGGUACCCAAGUAAAAAAAUAUCCAACAAAUCUCGUAAAUCUGAUGAUGGAAACAGACAAAGUAAUCAAAAGCUAUGUCGAUUUUUAGACCCUAUUGAGACAAACAAUUUAUUAAAUACAUAUGACACUUAUAUCAAUUUUGAUAUUUCUUACUAUGGAUGGAAGUUAUUUUUUUAUGAUGAAGAAUAUGAAGAGAAUUCUGAUACUGUUAAAAAAGUUCAGACAGUAGAACACUUUAUAAAUAGACAUCAACGAUUAUCAACUAUGCUUUCAUUAGAAAAUUUAGAAAAUGGGAUAGUUUUUGUUAUUGAUAUAUGUGAAUUAUACAAUGAUCAAGAUUUUUUAACUGAGUGGCCUGAUUUUAAAAGAAACAUAUAUGAAAAUCCUGUACAUACAUUAAAUUGUUUUAAGCUUGCUAUGCAUCAGAAAGUAUUAAAUACAAUACCUACGCAAAGUUUAAGUUUUUUAAACAUUAUAAAUACAUUGUCUACUGUUAGAUUAAAUAUAUUAAAUUAUAAACCAGUUAUAUCCUUGCAAGACUUGAAAGCAAGUUUAUAUGGAAAGUUGAUAUCUGUUAGGGGCUGUGUAAUAAGAGUAGGUCAUGUGAAACAUCUCCCAGAAUGGAUUGUAUUUAUGUGUCGCAAAUGUAACUUGCAAAAAAUGGUUAAACAGCCACUGGGAAUUUAUACAGUCCCAAAGAAAUGUAGUAUAUGUGGUGUGUCCAAAUUUCGUGUAAUAUUAGAUUCUCCAUUAAUAAGAACUGUUUCCUUUCAAAUUAUUAAGAUACAAGAACUUUCGAGCGACGAACAGAACAGUAAGGGUAGCAUGCCACGGAUAUUCGAUAUUGAAUUAAGAGAUGAUUUAGUGAGUACUUGUAUGCCCGGGGAUGAUAUCACUUUAACUGGAAUUAUAAAGGGAAACAAUACAGCUAAAACACAAAAUAAAAGUCAAUUUACUUUAUACAUGGAAGCUAUUACCAUAAUGAAUAAUAAACAAAAGUUUCAAAAUAAAAAUAUUAUGAGCGACGAAAUGUCGGUAAAGGAUUAUUUAGCAAUAAAGGAAGUAUAUAAUACACCGAAUAUUUUUUCACUCUUGGUACAUUCACUUUCUCCAAACAUAUAUGGUCAUGAAAUGGUCAAAGCUGGAUUAAUAUUAAGUUUGUUUAGUGGAAAUGCAGAACAUUUAGAGUUAAGAGAAAACAUACAUGUAUUAAUGGUGGGUGAUCCUGGUCUUGGAAAAUCGCAAAUGUUACAAGCAUGUUCAAGAGUUGCUGCAAAAGGUGUAUAUGUAUGUGGAAACUCUAGUACAUCUUCUGGCCUGACAAUAACACUUAUAAAAGAAAAUAAAAGUAAUAACUUUUCAUUAGAGCCAGGUGCAUUAGUUUUAGCAGAUAGGGGUUGCUGCUGUGUUGAUGAAUUUGAUAAAAUAUCCAAACAACAUGCGGCUUUAUUAGAAUCAAUGGAACAGCAGAGUGUAAGUGUUGCUAAAUCAGGGGUAAUUUGUUCUCUCCCUAGUAGAACUUCAGUUCUUGCUGCCGCAAAUCCAAUUAGUGGUCGAUUUCAUAGAAAUAAAACAUUAUUACAAAAUUUAAAAAUGAGCCCACCUCUGUUGUCACGUUUUGAUUUAAUAUUUUUGUUAUUAGAUCAACCAAAUAGAGAUAUAGAUAAUUUCUUGUGUAAGCAUGUGAUGUCAGUCCACAAUGACUUAAAUACAAUUAAAGGCACGCAAGAUAGUACAUUUCAAAAUACCAAUAUGUCAGAUACAAUGAAUGUUUCAUUGAGAGACAGACUUGUAUUCUUUUUAAACGAAAACACGAGUACUAUUCCACAUGUAAUUCUUCGAAAAUAUAUUGCGUAUGCUCGACAAUACGUUAAACCAAAAUUAACUAAAGAGGCAGCAGCAGUAUUGCAAAAUUAUUAUUUAGAACUUCGAAAGAAAAACAAUAAAUAUUGUGGCUUACCAGUGUAUAAUAGACAACUAGAAGCUAUGAUAAGAUUAACCGAGGCUAGAGCAAAAUUGGAAUUACGCACCGAAGCUAUAGAAACAGAUGCUAUGGAUGUAAUAGAAAUUCUACGCUAUACAUUUGAUAAUGAAAUCAUUGAUUGGCAAUCUUUGGGUAAUAAAAAAGUAACAGAUAAGAAACAGGUCAGAAAAAUUAUAAAAAUAUUAAGGGAAGAAACUCUUCGUGACAGCAAUACAAUAUUUUCUAUAAAAAGGCUACAAGAAAUCGCGUUGGAUAACAAAAUUCUGGUAGAUAAUUUUGCAGAGCUUAUUUCAAAAUUAAACGAAAGUGGUAUUUUAUUGAAAACUAAUAGCAAUACUUUCAAGUUUAUUUCUUGCUAAUCUUACUUUUCUAACAUAAAAUGUAGACAAAUGGGUCGGACAUUUCUUUCUUUACACUUCUCUUUAAGAGAAAUCUAAGUUGCACGACUCUGUACAUACAUUGUACAUAACGAAGUACUUACAUAUGUAAUCUAAAUAAUUUAUGUUGUUCGAAUAAUCGGAAAUAUUCCUUAAAUGUGUAUGUUCAAUCCAACAGUAUUUUAAUAUAGUUGAUGUACAGUUUUGUAUUCUUCAGUAGCAUAAAAUAAAUGUACACCAAAAUU